GACGAAGGUAUCGAUUCUUCUAUGGGCGCGAAUUUUGCUGAUGUUUUGGGCAUGCUAAAUAUGCCAACAAAGAAGUCGAAAAAAUUGCUUAACAAUAGCAAGUCGCCUACACCCAGCAAGAUUCCCUUGAAUGAAAAGCCACAUAGCAGUAGCUCCAACAGUAACUCUAAAAACGAAUAUAGACCAAGCUCGAUGUCCUCAGCUUCAACUUCCGCAAAACCAGUAGACGAAAAACCAGAGCUUCUGUCAGCUUCUGCGAAAUUAGCGCCACUUGAUCCCAGUAUUGUGUUUGAGCUGCCAACGAUUUCAACGAAUUACAAACCGCUACCACACAAUAAGACUGUAAUGGACUGCGUUUACCGUAAUAGCGGAGCUGUGGUUAACACUCCCAAGCCUGUGAGGACACUCACCGAUGCAGAAGCGCUAAGUCACAGCAUCUCUUCGAAGACAAUGCGUACCAAAAUCUACUCCGGUAUUAAGACUGGACAAGUGUUGCAAGUGCCAUCACUAUUCGAUCUAUGCAUACGAAUACUGCAAAAGAAUAUCGAUGCUUUGGAAUAUACUGGCGGUGUACCCUUCGAAGUCCUUCGUCCUGUUUUGGAGCGUGCUACACCACCACAAUUACUAACAUUUGAAGAAUACAAUCCGUACAUGAUGGAAGACAGCGAUUGCCUAUGGCAAAUCCAUGUGCAAAGAAAUUACCGUACCAAAAAGCGUAUGGAAAUGGAGUCUUGGCGUGAAAUGUAUUUGCGUUGCGAGGAGGAAAAAGAGCAAAAAUUGAAUAGUCUUACCGCGACUAUCAAACAAUCACAGAAAAUAAUUGCUGCACCUGUGCGCAAAACACAAAUGGCAUUCGUAGAUUCCAUGGUGAAACCGCCCCGCAAUGUUCUACGCAAGCAGGAGCAAUACGGAACGAAAGCCAAAAUGGUUGCCACACCAGCAGCGCGAGUAGCAGCGCUUUCCAGUGUUACGCCGAACGCAGCCAAGGUGGGAGAUACGCGUCUGCGCGUCGCGGCUACCGUGCGGGAUGCAGCGCAAGUUGCUCAUGCGCCAGUACGUGCAAAGAAGGCGCCGCUCAUGGCCAAGACUUUGCAGUUCAUGCGCGGACGCCACAAGCGAUGAACUUACGUUUAAUUUCGUAGAUUUAUGUUCGUAUACUUUUGUUUAGAUUGACUUCAUAUGAAAAAAAAAAAAUUAUAU